ACUUCAAUUCAUGUACAUAACGAGAAUUUUGAGUGAUUCAUUCAUCUACUCUGUGGCCAAACGGUUUUCUACGCAGCAUAAGUAACUGUUUACGUUAAAAUUAUUUAUUUAACGCGAGGGAAAUGACCUAAAAUCACUGAAAGCCAUUUUUGGCUAUUAUAACGUUAAAAUAAAUUGAACUCAUAUAUGUAUCUUCACGCUGCAGUUAUUGAGCUGUGUUGAUUGUUUUGACACUACAUCCGCGAAUCUGUUUGGCAAUGGAUCUAUUUAAACAGGGUAUGAAGGGCCCUGCAAGACCAGCUCCUGCUGUACCAAAUAUUGCAGUAAACAGGUAUUCACCUGUAACAAAUUGGAAUGAUCAUCCCUUUGGUGCAGAUGUAUUUGAACCAGUUCCAUGUACUCAAAAGAAGAAGCCUCCACCACGACCACCACCGCCAAGUGUAUCAAAACAGCCAGACAUCUCAGCUAAACCUACACACUUUAUUCGUAGACCAACAGUCCUUUCAACACUUUUGUCUCGAAAAGGUAAAAAUACAGUGAAUAAUCCCAGUGCAAACAACCAACAUAACAGUUUUACAAAUUUUAAUAGUGAAGUGGACACUACAAAAAUAUUUCCCAAAUGUGAUAAGGCAAAUGUGCAAACGGGGACACUGAUAGACCUUUCAUCACCACCCAGCUCACCUACUUUUACAACAAGGUCUAGCAGUGAUGGUGUAAGUGUAGACAGUUUCGGAUCAGAUGCUACAACAUCAACAAAUCAUCACAAUGCGCUUAGUGGUGGAAAUGCCUCUCAAGCUGAAAGUGGUUUUGAAGAUGACUUUGAUCUGUUCCUGCAUUCUAGAAAACCAUUGAAUAAAGAGGAUACACUGGAUGAUUUUUCGACUUUAGAUCCAUUUUCGGCUCCACUUGUUAAUAAACCUCCACCAGUAAAUAAGUCAUUAUUUUAUUCUGAUUCUUUUGAUACUUUAAGCAAUGCUAGCAGCCAAUACUCAGUUUCACAAUUGAAAGGACCCACAAUAAUUCGUGCUAAGCCGGCAAGACCAAAGCCACCAGAUAAUUCAGCUUUAUUGAAAAGUACAUUUGGAAGUAGUUUUCAAAUGACCUCAAUGAAUAUAAACACCACAACUCCAAUUCAAAAAAUUAGCAAUGGCUUUGUGGGUAAUGUGGACACGAAGCAAUUAAAUUGGGACCAUGAAGAAUCUCCAGAAAGAGAACCCACUCCCCCCAUGCCAACUAUUCCUCCACCCCCACCUCCACCGAUCAUCGAUGAUGAUUUACCAGUAGUGUGGCCGGAAGACAUUCAGGUACUGGAUUCACCUGAAGUAUCUGAUGAGGAAGAAGAACCUUACGCUAUUGCGCUGUUCGAUUACUUCACCGACCACCAAGAAGAUUUAUGUUUUUCUGCAAACUCAAAGAUAACUCUAAUAAGACGAGUGAACGACGAAUGGUUGUACGGACGAUUGCGCGGUGGUUCCGAAGGUUUGUUCCCGUCCAAUUAUGUAGAGAUCAAGGUUCCGCUGUCAAACGAUAUGCCAUCGAACAUCGGUGAAGCGAUAGCCCUAUACGACUUCGAUCCAGUGCAAUCAGGCGAUCUUAGGUUUAAUGUAGGCGAUAAAAUCACGAUCCUCUCGAAAAUAAGCGAAGAAUGGUUUUUCGGCGACUGCAACGGCAUACAGGGACAGUUUCCCGCCAACUACGUCCAAAUGUGUUAGUCAAAUGUUUUGUAUAAUCUAUGUCUUCUCAAUUAUUAACAUCAGUUAUUUCAUGUUAUUGCAAUCAAUUAUAUUAAGUAUGUACGUACUCUUGUCUAAUAGUAAUUAUUACUAAAGAAAGCCAUAAAAUUGUCCAUUAAAUAUUAAAAUUCAAUUAUAACAUGUGAUAUGAGUAGUGGAAACAUUACGAAGACUGAUUCUUUAAAUGUUUCGUAUUUUUUGUAACAUCAAUUUUUCAGAUUACAGAACUAAAGACAGAUGGAGCGCGCAGAACAUUACAGUGAAGCAACAAAAGUUAUAACAAAAUCAAAAGCGACUGCGAAUUCCGUCAUUGCGAUCGACGCCUUUUUUCAAAUCAAAAAGCUGUCAGUUUAAUUAUUGACGUAUUAACAAAUUUUGAAUACACCACACACCUGAGAAUUUCCAUUCGCCUUUGUUGCUUCACUAUAAUGUUCUACGCGCUCCUUAUCUAAUCCUUACAUAAGCCUUUUGUUCUAUAUAUAAUCUGAGUUAUUUAAGAUAAAGGCUUCUAAUUCGGAGUUCUAAUUCGGUUCUACGUAAAAUGAUAAUUUAUAACGUAUAAUUUAAUAAUUGUAUUUCUUACCUGUCGUACCACUCCGAGUGCAAUAAUGUAAAUUAUAUUGGCGGUAUAUAGGUAGGCGUAUAAUAAAUGCAAUAAAUUAUUUCUUCAAAUAAACUGAACACUCACUUUUUGUCAUUAAAACAAUGAACAGGAUCCUGAAUUAGAAACACUAAUGUCUGACCUUAAUUAAAACAAUUGCAUCAUGAAAUUGUAUUAGGUAUAGACAAAAAUAAAAGUUUCAAAUAAUUGACUAAAUGUAUAUAUGUUAUCUGUAUAAUGUGUUAAUUGUUUGUUAUGGUUGUGUAAAAUGUUCGAUCGAUCUGAAUUUUAAAAGUGUAUAGUUUAUUUUUUUGUAAUAAUUUACGUUAUUAUUUGUAUCCAUAUACUUUGAUUACAAAGUGUGGGUUACUUUGUACAUAGGAUUUUUUAAUAUUAUGGAUACUUUAAACAAAUCUAUGAUUCCUCAGAUCCCUUAAAGUCUUUUGUAAUUCUUUUAUGUUAUUAAAAUUUUUCAGUGAUUAUUUUAUAUACUUUAAUAGCACAAUACGUUUAAAACAAGAUGAAACAACAAAGAAUGUUUACAGGACCGAAUUAUACAAGGCUGUCGAUGAACAGUGGGCCAAAGCGCUGUAUAUUGCUUAACAGGACCCCGGAAUUAGUAUAAAAUAUGUUAAAAUUUAGUUGUUAUUGUAUUUCUUCAGUUGUAUAAAAAAUAUGUAUGUAUAAAUGUCUAUAUUCUUAAUAAAACAUAAUAUGUAUAAAAUCGAGACAAAUAGAUAUAAUACUGUGUAUAUAUAUUUUUUACUUUGUUUGCUUUAAUUAAUGAAAAAUGUACGGCCAAAGGCAAGGUUAUUUAUAAGUUUACGGAAUAAUCUCAUCAAAUUAUAUGAACAUUUGUUUUUUAAUAAGUUUCUUUCGUGUCAUUUAUUUUUUUAAGUAGUUUUUAUUUUGGUGGGACCAUAAUGUUAAGUGCCUUAAGUAUUUUUAACGAAAUUA